AUGAAGAUUGUGGUUAUGAUGAUGAUAGCGGUGAGUGUGGUAUCUAAAAGUGUGGGAAAUAGUGUUGAGAGUGAGUUGACGAAGCAGCAGCCGUACAAGGGGAUAUGGGUGAAGGAUGAUGUUGGUGAAGAAGAGAGUGUGAUGAGUGAGAGGGAGCCAGUGGGGACGUUUUUUUUGACGUCGUUGGUGAGUGUAGAGAAGGAUGGUGAAGUAGUGACGACGGGGAAGUUGUAUAUACGAGAUGGGUUUUAUAUAGAUGGAGGGAUGCGGAUGAUGCGAGUUGAGUGUGUUGGUUUUGAGUGUCGUGUUGAAGGUGUUGUUGCGAUUGUGCGAGUGAAUGGGACGAAUGUGUAUGGUCGGGUAGGUGGAGUGAUGAAGUUUGUAGGGAAGAGGUAUGUAGGGAAAGAGGAGAGUAGUGUGAGUGAUGUGUAUGUUGUGUUGUUGAGUGUGUUGUUGGUGUGUGAGAUAUGUGUGUUGAAGAGGGAGCCCGUUGAUGGGAUGACGAUGCACAGUCUUGUUGUAGGGAGUGCAAUGAUCUCGUUUUUGCAUUGGACAGCGGCUGUUGUCUAUUCGCCACACAUGUUUUUGUUUUGGGGGUUUGGGAGUGUAGGAGUGUUGUCGUUGUAUUGUGUUGCUGUGCUUGGAGGGAAGUAUCUUGGGAAGUAUGGAGCUGUUGGGCAGGUGUAUUUGAGUGUUGUUUUGAUGUGUGGGUUUAGUGUUGUAGAGUAUGUGCGGUGUGUAGCUGUGGUGUUCAGUGUGAUACCGUGGGUGUUCAGUUAUCCACAGCGGUCUGUGAGUGUGAAAGUGACGCUGUGUGUGCGGUGUGUAGUUUGUAUGUAUUGGAUGUGUUACAGCCAGAACCCAAUCAAUGUCAAGACGGACGGUGCUCUCUUUGUGUGUGUAUGUGUGCUGAUAGCAGUGCAGUGGGGGACACGGGCUGCUGCAGUCUUUUCUGUUGUACUGAGUGGACUUGCACCACACAGCGAGACUGUGACGUGUCCGAUCUGUCUGUGUGACAUUGAAAGUGAAAGUGAUGCUGUAGUCACAGCGUGCCACCACAUCUUCCACGCAGAUUGUCUUGCGCCAUGGACUGCAGACCACUCGUAUUGCCCAUAUUGUGCUGUCCCAUUUUCGCUCUCACAGAAAGACAGACAGACGGCACACAACUAA